UUCCUCCCUCGGGGCCAAUGCCUUUCGGGGCCCCUGCCUUUCCUUCGGGGCCCCCGGCGGAGGGCUGAGGGUGCCAGGGGCGAGGAUGCCCAGCGGAGGGGAAGAGCCAUCGUCCCUCAGGAGGGAACUUUCCAAGGGCUGCUGCACCCAAAGGCUGCCCAGAAGCAAGUCCCUGGCUAAGAGGGCUUUCCUCUCCCUCUCUUUUCUCCCUUAGCCUUGCUUUCCCCAAGCCCAGGCAACAUGGAUGUGAAGCCAACCUGAAGCCUCUCCUGGAGGAAAUCCAAACUCUUCUUGUCAUCUAUUCAUUGACCUGGCACUUUUCUUCGCCGUCUUUUGGGGGCCAUGUCUGUACCUGGCAACUUCACCCCCUGGGACUAAAGGAUCUCUGUCACCCCCCUGAACCAUGCGUCUCCUGGAGGCCUCCCUUGGCUUGGCUUGGCUCUUCCUGGGCAGCCUCUCUGCCUUGGCAGCCUUCAGAGCAGCUGGGGGCAGAAAGGGCAAGGAGUGUGGCUCAGGGUGCCAGGCUUCUCCUCAUCCUCAGCUCCUUCAACACAGAGCAACCGGGCAAGAAGUUGCCUGGAGCAGAGGAAGUUGGCAUGAUAUGGAUGGGGCUUUCUCCCAGAGUGGCCGAUCCAAAGCCUCUCCUGAGACCUGGGCUCCAUUGGAGGAUUACAGUAGUGCCAAGGAUUGGAGUCUGGUUCACGUUGCCCACCGUGGAGAAGCCUUACCACUCUCUGUUGGCCCUUCAGGAGAACAUGUGCAUGAAGACACUUUUGUAGCCUUGGAGGCUGGGAGACACUUGGAUCUCUCUAAGCAGGUGGCAGAAAGCAGGUGGCACAGGGCAGGGACUGGGUCCAAGAGGCACGCUAGAAUUAAGCGAGGUGCCACUGAGCUCCAGGACCAAGGAAGACUAGAGAAAGCCAAGGCUUUUGAGAAUACCCGCCUUGUGAGAAACAUUGACAACUCCACACACGGCCAAAGAACUCGUGUGGCAGAGGAUGAUCUGCCUCAGGCGUUGCCCUUGAAUGGCUCCACGGCUCAUGCCGGGGAGAGGGACGCCGGUGCCCUGCGGAAUGGGACCUUCCGGCCCGGCCGGGUCAAGAAUCCUUUCUACCCCUUGACAGAGGAGUCCUACGGUGCCUACGCUGUCAUGUGCCUGUCGAUAGUGAUCUUUGGCAUUGGGAUCAUGGGCAACAUGGCCGUGAUGUGCAUCGUGUGCCACAACUACUACAUGAGGAGCAUCUCCAACUCCUUGCUGGCCAACCUGGCCUUUUGGGAUUUCCUCAUCAUUUUCUUCUGCUUGCCGCUGGUGAUCUUUCAAGAACUCACCAAAAAGUGGCUGCUGGAUGAUUUUUCAUGCAAAAUUGUACCAUACAUUGAGGUAGCAUCACUUGGAGUAACCACCUUUACAUUAUGUGCCCUCUGCAUUGACCGCUUCCGUGCUGCGACUAAUGUGCAGAUGUAUUAUGAAAUGAUUGAAAACUGUACGUCAACAACUGCCAAACUGGCUGUAAUAUGGAUCGGGGCUCUACUUCUGGCACUUCCUGAGGUGGUUCUACGCCAGUUGACGAAAGAAGACUCUGAAAUCAGUGGGAGCCCUCCUGUAGAACGGUGUGUGGUAAAGAUCUCACCUCACUUGCCCGACACAAUCUAUGUCUUGGCCCUCACCUAUGACGGUGCAAGGCUUUGGUGGUACUUUGGCUGUUACUUUUGCUUGCCUACUCUUUUUACCAUUACUUGCUCCUUGGUGACUGCAAGAAAAAUUCGAAAAGUGGAGAAGGCUUGUACAAGAGGAAACAAGCGACAAAUCCAGCUGGAGAGCCAGAUGAACUGUACAGUGGUGGCUUUGACCAUUUUAUAUGGCUUUUGCAUUAUUCCUGAAAACAUCUGCAAUAUUGUCACUGCCUAUAUGUCCACAGGGGUGUCACGACAGACUAUGGACCUCCUGCACCUCAUUAGUCAAUUUCUGUUGUUCUUCAAGUCAUGUGUGACUCCAGUUCUCCUUUUCUGUCUUUGUAAACCAUUCAGUCGAGCCUUUUUGGAGUGUUGUUGCUGCUGCUGUGAUGAAUGCAUUCAGAAGUCUUCAACGGUUACAAGUGAUGACAAUGACAAUGAGUAUACUACAGAGCUUGAACUCUCCCCUUUCAGUACUAUACGUCGGGAAAUGUCCACCUUUGCCUCAGUUGGGACUCACUGUUAGUCAGAAUAAAGACCCACCAUACAAAGUCAAGUUUCCUCCCACAAUGACUUCAAUUGGAUUCUGGUUUUGGAAUUUUAAUUUUUUAUUGGGAAAAAAAAAGCAAGUGGAACUCUGUAAGAUUUACUGUAAACUGGUGUGCAUAUUAACAUAUUUACUUUUGAGAAAUAAUUUUUAGUAACUAAAACACAUAUGUUUUCAACAUGGAGUUUUAAAUAAUUAUAUUUCUGGUGCUAGUAUUUUAUAUAUUAAGGGAAAGCAGAAGAUGCUUCCACCUCCUGUAUUAUUAAAUUAAUUUACGCUGGAUUUUUCUUUUAUUCUUUUAAAAUAACUGCUGCACACUGCUUACCUUGGUAAUGAUCCAGCUUGCAGUAAACAUUUGUAAGGCUAGUCCUUAAUGCAGCUGUGUGAAAGUAGGUUCUAUUGAAUGUGAACUUGCAACAUUCUUCUGAUAGUUAUUCUGUAUGGAAGUUUGUUCUUUUGGCAGGAUGCUCAACAAAUACUAAUGACUCUUUGAUUUCAGUGAAAGAUAGUGAAUUACACACUUAAAUCUGUUAAAAUCAAUGGGACUGUAAAUUCAUUAACAUAGGUUGAAUUAUUCUCAUUGUUUUCCCCCUCUCCUUCCUUAAAUAAUUUAUGGAAAAUAUGUGAUUUGAAGUAUUUCAGAAGAGAUUUAAGACCACAUUAUGUAAAUUAUAAUGAGAUUAUUUAGGAUUUCUAAAUAAAUAAAUAACUAGUUUAAAUUAAAUGUGUUUUUAUUAUUGGACCUGCAUUUUUGAUAAGCAUUUUAACAAUGACACCAAGAAAUAUGAGAAAAUUUCCAUAACAAGAAAAGCAGUUGUUGUUUUUUUACCCUUUACACAAACUAAUUACAAAAUGAUUAAUAUUGUAAUAGUCAUAAAUAAAAAUACCCUUGGAGCUAUAGCUUCAUAAUGGGUUGAUGCAGGAUUAAAACCAUGAGGUUGAUUUCUCUUUACCAAAUGACAUACGAGAACAAUUUGAGUACAAUUAUGAGUUAGGUGGAGACUAAAUACCCUGAAGGUGCCAGAUCCCAUCUGAUCUUGGAAGCCAAGUGAUGUCAGAUCUGGUUAGUACUUGAGUGGGAGACCACCAACAAAUACCAGGUGCUGUAGGCUGUAUUUCAGAAGAAGGAACUGGCAAAACCACCUCUAAGUGUUCCUUGCCUAAGAAAAUCCAAUGAAAUUCUUGAGGUCACCAUGGGUCAGCAGGUGACCUGAAGGCACAUACAAACAUAAUGUAGUCAUUUGUAUGACUGCCUUCUUGGCUUUAAGCAUGAAAUCCUGUGGGGCACUGGAGAGAAAGGCAGUUGUACAUUGUUGCACUGAACUGGAAGUGAGGUCAUAUCUGCACAAUAGGUUCCCAAUCUAGUAUGCAUAAAAAAGCAACACAAUCCUGUAUUGGUAAUAACAAACCCCAUGAUUUUGUAGUGUAAAAUAUGUUGUCAGAAUAUUUGCUAUUUCUCUUAAUGGAUAUUUCCUUUUUAACCUGUAGAUAUACAGUAAGUUUUUAUAUUCUGUUUGAUCCAGUGGGAUCCAUUCAACCAGGAUGUAAUUACCUGUGACUCUGAUAGUUUCUUUAUACAAUGUGUUCUACACUAAGGGUGUGUCCUCAGUCUGUGUGUAAAGCUACUGCUGUAAGUGAUGGUGCCAUUGUAGGGGGAGGUUUGUAAGAACUUGCCACAGAGUUUAGUGACAAUAAAAUCUGAAGGCUUAAAAUGUGUGGUGCAUAUUUUGUCCCCUGAUUUUUGGUUAUCAAAAUCAUGCAUACUUUGGUCAGAGUUAAAUUUCGGCAAAUUCAAUAGACUAUUUUUCUGGCUGUCUCAUGUAAUGUUAAAAAUCAAUUAAGCUGGUAUCAUCUGUUUACAUAGGCUAGAAUCCAGUGCAUUUUGUCUAUAGAUGUAGAUUCUGGAAUGAAAAAAAGGAUGUGACAAUUCCACCCUCAUCUUUCCCAGCCUUUCCUGCC